CCGCGGUGUCCCCAGCGCCGCCCCGGGGCCAUGGCCGCUGUCACCGUGCUGCUGCUCCUUGUCAUCGCCGCCGCCGGCGCCGCCGGCACGCCGGGCGCGUCGUGGAGCGCUGUGCCCAGGAGGACGGUGCCCUACGAGGAGCUGCAGGACACUGCCAAGCGUUUCUCCCAGGGCGGGGUCUCUCACUACCUGACGCUGACGCUGGACGAGGCCGAGGCGCUGCUCUACGUGGGUGCCCGCGAGGCCGUGUUCGCCCUGGCCACGGGCACCGUGGAGCUCAAGGCGGCGAUCUCCUGGGAGGCGCCCGUGGAGAAGAAGGCGGAGUGCGUGCAGAAGGGCAAGAACAACCAGACCGACUGCUUCAACUACGUGCGCUUCCUGCAGAGCUACAACAGCUCCCACCUGUACGCGUGUGGCACCUACGCCUUCCAGCCCAAGUGCACCUACAUCGAGCUCUCCGGCUUCACCCUGGACCCGGUGGCAUUCGAGGACGGCAAAGGCAAAUGUCCCUACGACCCCACCAAGGGCCACACCGGCCUCAUUGUGGACGGGGAGCUCUACUCUGCCACCUUCAACAACUUCCUGGGCACGGAGCCCGUCAUCCUGCGCAACCUGGGCCCGCACUACUCCAUGAAGACGGAGUACCUGACCUCGUGGCUCAACGAGCCUCACUUCGUGGCGUCGGCCUUCGUGCCCGAGAGCGCGGGCAGCGGCGACGACGACAAGGUUUACUUCUUCUUCAGCGAGCGCGCCGUGGAGUACGACUGCUACGCCGAGCAGGUGGUGGCACGGGUGGCACGGGUCUGCAAGGGUGACGUGGGCGGCGCGCGCACGCUGCAGAAGAAGUGGACGUCGUUCCUGAAGGCGCGCCUGGUGUGCUCGGCCCCCGAGCAGCAGCUGCACUUCAACCGCCUGCAGGCCGUGUUCACCCUGCCCGGCGCCCGCUGGCAGGACACCGCCUUCUUCGGCGUCUUCCAGGCCCGCUGGGGUGACGUGGACGUCUCUGCCAUCUGCCGCUACCCCAUCCUGGAGGUGAAGAAGGCCUUCGAGGGGCCCUACAAGGAGUACCGGGAGCAGGCGCAGAAAUGGGGGCGCUACUCGGGCGAGGUGCCCACGCCCCGGCCUGGCGCGUGCAUCACGGACUGGCACCGCAACGGCUUUGCCAGCUCCCUGGAGCUGCCCGACAACACGCUCAACUUCGCCAAGAAGCACCCGCUGAUGGACGAGCCGGUGCCACCCCAGCGCGGGCGCCCGCUGCUGCUCAAGAGGGAUGCCAACUUCACCCAGCUCGUGGUGGAUCGCGUGGCAGGGCUGGACGGGGCCACCUACGAGGUGCUCUUCAUUGGCACAGCUGACGGCUGGGUGCACAAGGCGCUGGAUCUGGGCACCCGCAUCCACCUGGUGGAGGAGCUGCAGGUGUUCGAGCCCGCCCAGCCCGUGGAGAGCCUGGUCCUGGCGGGCACCAAGAAGCUGCUGUUCGCCGGGUCCCGCCUGCAGGUGGCACAGCUGCCCCUGGCAGAGUGCGGGCGCUACCAGUCCUGCACCGACUGCGUGCUGGCACGGGACCCCUACUGCGCCUGGAGCCGCAACGGCAGCGCCUGCGUCCGCACCGACGGGCACAACGGCUCCCACCUGGUACAGGACGUGCUGAGCUCCGACACCGGCGCCUGCUCCGUGCCACAGGUGGCCAAGCAAGGCUCCCUGACGCCCAAGAACGUGACGGUGGUGGCGGGCACCGACCUGGUGCUCACGUGCCGCCUGGCCUCCAACCUGGCGCGCGCCCUCUGGACCUUCGAGGGCCGGGCGCUGGCGGCGCAGCAGGUGCUGGUGCUGGGCGAGGCGCGGCUGCGGGCGCUGGUGGUGCCCGGCGCGGGCGCCCAGCACAGCGGCACCUACCGCUGCCUGGCCGAGGAGCAGGGCGCCCGCCUGCCCGCCCAGGAGUACCGCGUGGCCGUGCUGGCGGGCCCGGGGGCGCCGCUGGAGACGCGGGCGCCGCUGGAGAGCCUGGGCGUGGUGUGGGUGCUGGCCGUGUGCCUGGGCGCCCUGUGCCUGCUGCUGCUGCUGGCCGUGCUGUCGCUGUGGCGCCGCCUGCGCCACGAGCUGGGCAAGGGCGCCAAGGCCAUCGAGAGCACGCUGGUGUACCCCAUCGAGCUGCCCAAGGAGAUGCCCAGCCCGCGCUUCGUGCCCAGCGCCGCCUCCGACUCGGACGAGAAGCUCUGGGACCCGUCCAGUUAUUACUACUCGGACGGCUCGCUGAAAAUCGUGCCCGGGCACGCCAGCACGGCGGGCACGGCCUGCUGCCGCAACGGCGGCCCCGGCGCGGCCUCGCCGCCCGCCGCCAUCCCCGGGCAGCCGCUGCACUCGCCCACCCGCAUCCACCUGGGCCCCCUGCGCGGCUCGGCCUCCAACGGGUACAUCCGCCUGGCGCUGGGCACCGAGGAGCGCCCGGCCUGCGCCGACCUGGCCGAGGAGCUGCGGCGCAAGCUGCAGCAGCGCCAGCCCCUGCCCGACUCCAACCCCGAGGAGUCGUCGGUGUGAGCCGCGCCCGCCUCCGCUCCGGGGGCUGCUGCGGGCACCGCGGAGCGGGCACGGCGGAGCUGAUCCGGCUGGGGAUGGGUGCCUGGCAUCGGAACCCGGCUGGGGAUGAGUGCCUGGCAUCGGAACCUGGCUGGGGACGGGCACCUGGCAUCAGAACCUGGCUGGGGAUGAGUGCCUGGCAUCGGAACCUGGCUGGGGACAAGCACCUGGCAUCGGAACCCGGCUGGGGCUGAGCGUCUGGCAUCAGAACCUGGCUGGGCAUAGGUGCCUGGCAUCAGGAUCCAGCUGGGGAUGAGCGUCUGGCAUCAGAACCCGGCUGGGCAUAGGUGCCUGGCAUCAGGAUCCAGCUGGGGAUGAGCAUCUGGCAUCAGAACCCGGCUGGGGACGGGCACCUGGCAUCAGGAUCCAGCUGGGGAUGAGCAUCUGGCAUCAGAACCAGGCUGGGCAUAGGUGCCUGGCAUCAAGACCUAGCUUGGGAUGGGUGCCUGGCACCAGGAUCCAGCUGGAGAUGGGCACCUGGCACCAGGAUCCAGCUGAGGACAAGCAUCUGGCAUCAAGACCCAGCUGGGUACAAGCGUCUGGCACUGGCACCCAGCUUGGGACGGGCGCCUGGCACCAGGAUUCAGCUGGCAACGCACACUUGGCACUGGCACCCACCUUGGGGACAGGAUUGCCACACCGAUACCCGCCCUGGGGACAGCAGGGUGACCCCAGUGCCCACCUUGGGGACAGCAGUGUCACCGCAGGAUCCACCCUGUGCCACCCCAGUGCCAGUGCCCACCUUGGGGACUGACGUGUUGGCAUUGGUGCCCACCUUGGGGACAGGAUGGUCACCCCAGCACCCACCUUGGUGACAGCAGUGUCGCCCAGUGCCCACCUGGAAACGGGAGUGUCACCUCAGUGCCACUGACGCGCUGGCAUUGGUGCCCACCUUGGGGACAGGAUUGGCACCCUGGCACCCAGCAUUGUCACUUGGGCAUCUCCCUUGGGGACAGGGCUGCCACCCUGGGCUCCCGGUGCCACCCCCUUCGGUACGGUGUCCCCAUGGAGGGACAGACGUGGGGACACCCCUUGUGCCCACCUUGUGCCCGCUGCCCUCGGGACGAUUUUUUUGGGCCGAUUUCGGGUUUUUCUCCCUGACAUUUUUCUAUCUCCACCCCCUCCCUCCGUGCCCCCCUUGCCAGGGCUCUGUGCCCACCCUGCCCUGGCCUUUGUCCCCUUUGUCCCCUCCUGUCCCCAACCCCUGCACGCCCCCCUCCCCUUUUGUAUAACCCCCCCCAGUGUAAUUUAUUUGUUACCGAAAUUAUAUUUAUUUGCUGUAAAUACCUGAGUAUUUUUAUAUUCAUAAUAAAAGGACUUCCAAAAAAAGCCAAAAACAAA